AUGUUGGAAAUACAAAGCCAGCGUAUUAAGCACCUAGACGUGCCAAGGCUGCCUCCGGUGGUAGAUGAGGUCGUCCGCAGGGGCCCGAGCAGGAUCAUCCACGCAGCAUUUCGCGAUGCUAUGCCGACGUGGUUCGAGGACCCCGUCAUGAGAGAGUGGCGGGGAUCGAAACGCAUCCGUGACGUGCUGGAACAGGUGAACACGCUGUACCACGCCUGUAGCCAGGCCCAACCCGGUGCCUUCAACCCCGUCUCAGAUCCGCUGUGGGCUUCGACGGCGGCAGUGAUGCGGGAGGCCGGCCUGCCGCUAUAUAACAACAACAUCAACCUGCCGGAGGAGAUCGACGAGAGCUGGCCGUUCCACUUCAAGGAGCUGGAGAGGCUGGUCAUUGUCUCCAAGGGCGAGAGGGUCGGCGACGGCAACCCCAGCGGCUACGUGUGUAAUCGCUACGAGGCAAACCUGUACGGCAUCCGCGCCAUACAGCAGGAGUUCCGCAAACAGGCUCCCGGCCGCCAGCCCCUCCUCGUGGCUUCACGGUUCGAUCCUGCGAUCCUGCAGUAUGUGGCACAGCUCCUGGGUCUUGAAUACGCCCAACUCGCGCCAGACUGGGCAAGCACCACUUUAGCAGCCAAGCCAGCGGCCAUGCUUAGCGGUGAUUCCGCUCGACCCAUCAUUUUUGCCGCAACGCUCUCCAACAAUGCAGGCCAGAGUGACGACUUUGAAGCAAUCCGCCAGCUUGCCACGGAUCGAGAUGUCUUUGUCCACGUCGACGCCGCACGAACUUUCGACUACCUGACCUCGCUGUCCGGUUCGGCACGCCGUGGACUUGGCUUGCCGAAAUUGGUGUUGUCGCACCCAGAAGUCGGCGUGUGUUCGCAGAAGGCUGGCUGCAUAUGCGCUGCCAGCAUCGUCGCCGGAGGCAUGAACGACUCGGCACACCAUGCGACCGUGGCUAUCAAGCCACGAACCAUAGGGGACUGUGUUGGGCGGCGCAUCGAAUAUACUCAGGGACACGACAGCACGAUAUCCGGAUCGCGAGACGGCCUGGGCCCCCUCCUUAUGGGGUUGCAGGAGCAGCGGUUCGACCACCGGACGCGGCAGGACAUCUAUCAAGGCUGCAUCCGGAACCGUGCAUACAUCGCCCAGCUGCUUGCCUCGGCGGGUGCCAAAGUCUCGUGUCCGCCUGAGUCACUGGAUCUGAUUAUCCAUCCCACGGGACAUCGACCAUGGAACGAGAUUCCAUCGGCAGCCUCCGGGCUCUCUAAGCUGGGCUUCGUCCCCAUGGCUCACAAAGACGGUGUUGCCGGGUCUGAGGUGGCGUGGUUCGGAACCGUCCAGCCCAGUAUCACGACACGACACGUCCAGCUCCUCAUUGGAGAGAUUGGAGAGAUUCGUGACCACAACCCUAGUGCAGCGUGGGAGCUUCCUGUGCCGCCAGCUCUCCCAAUACGGUAUCCGCUGCCCAGCACUUGUCACACCUACCUCUCCGAAAAGAUGCAAAACUGGCGCAAGCAGCUCGCAGAUUCGGCGGGUUACCCCUUCAACCAGGCAACGUAUUCGGCCCUGGGACCCGUGGCCGCUCACUUCCUCGAUCGCACGAUCCCGGAGGAAUGGGUCCAGGCCCAAGCCGCUGCUCUACUGACGGCGCGCAAGGCCUCCUUUGGAAUUCCGCCCGCCGAUGCCGACCUCCUAGCUCAAUUCGGCGCCGCCUUCACCACUGGUAGCAGCAUGGGAAACCAGAUAGGCAUCCACGCCGCGCUGGCAUACGCGCCACACAACUUCAUAUACUGCUCUGCCUCGUCGCACUACAGCAUCUCCAAAGCCCUCCGCGACAGCGACAUCCUGGCGGGCCGCUGGGACACGCAAUUCCAAGGCAGUGGUGGUGACGGUCCAGCGGCGACACCCCGGUUCGGGAUCAUCCCAGUCGACGCCUCAGGACGCAUGGUCCCCGCGGAGCUCGUGCGCCAGGUAGCCGCGGACCGUGCCGCCUGCUCUGCACGUGGCCGCCGGUACGGCGUGACGCUUGUAGUCAACGUGGGCACUACAUUCUUCGGGGGCGUGGACGACAUCGCAGCACUUCGGAGGGCGCUGCGUGGCGAGCUGGGACAGGAGGUCAGCUACGUCCACGCGGACGGCGCCCUCGACUUUGGCUUCGGGCCAGGCCACGCAGAGCUCGUCUGCUUGGGCCCGCCGGGCGGGCCAAGUGUCCGCGGCGAUGACGUCCCGGUGGUGCAGGGCAUCACCGUCAGCCACCACAAGGCGUACGGCAUGAUGGUCUCGGGAGAGGUCGUCUACUAUGAUCCUUCCCACAGCGCCCUACCUGAUAUUUCCCCGGCAGUCAGCCCUCGCUCUGUGUUUGAGGCUUGGCUAUUUCGGCAAAUGUACUCAGACAAUGACAUGGCCAGGCUGCACCGUCACUGCCUGGCCAACGCGAAUGCCCUCCGGUCCAUGUUGAGUGCAAGGGAAAUCGCUGUCCUGCCGAAUCAGACCUCGUUGGUUGUUGUGCUGGAGAGGCCAGCGCCCUGGACCCUUGUAGAUUUUCAUCUCAGGGCCGAGGGCGAAUGGGUUCACUAUAUCUCAAUGCCGCACAUCACACGGCAAGCAGUCGAGCGAUUUGCCAAAGCCGUCAUUUCCCUCGACGAACACUACAACGCUGCUUUCCAAUCAGCCAAAGUCGCAUUCCGCGCCACUAUGCGCCGCGGAAUUCACCUUGUCCGCAUCCGUCCACGGGCCUCCCACUUCUCCGAGGCCGAAACCCUCGUCAACAGAGUUGACACAAUGGUGUCGCAUCGUGAUACAAGUGACUCCGCUACUGCUUCCGUCUCUGAUCUGAAAGCAGGCGAAGACGGUCUUCGCAGCGCCCUUUCAGUUGCCGUUUUAGAUGAAAAGCACAGUCCUGUUGCCGUCCUUCUUGCACAAGGUAGCAGCCAGAAGGAAAUUCGUAUCGGUCCGAUUUUCUUAGAUCCCAGUGUAGCGUUCGUGGGAAAGGACAUUUGGGUCAUCACAAAACUCAUGUUCGGAGAAAUAGAGACAGGAUUGUAG